AUGGGAGUACAAAUCGAAACCAUCAAGCCGGGCGACGGACAGACGUUUCCCAAGAAGGGGCAACGCGUCGUGGUGCACUAUGUCGGAACGCUGUCGGACGGCAAAGUGUUUGACUCUUCGAGGGGUCGAGGAAAGCCAUUCAAGUUCAAGAUUGGACACCAGGAGGUCAUCCGUGGCUGGGAAGAAGGAGUCGCUCAGAUGAGCGUGGGUCAGCGGGCCAAGCUGAUCUGUUCGCCGGACUACGCGUACGGCAGCAAGGGUCACCCGGGGAUCAUACCCCCGAACGCAACACUUACUUUUGACGUGGAGUUGCUGGGUCUGGAGGCCUGA